UGUUCGCUUCUGAAAGGCGACCUGGGCGGGAUAAGAAGAUAACCAAUGAAACAGAGAAAACAGAGGAAAUAACACCAACACGGGUACUUGUUGUUUUGCUUCAGCUUCGUUCACCAGCAGCUACAGACAGGAACACGGUCAGAAACUACAAGUAGCCAUGCUUCUGUUUUAAAUGAGCGGUUAGCGGUUGAGGCACUUCUGACUGGACCAACCUCAUCAAGUAAGGAUGGCUCAGUGGGACAGACUGACGCAGCUGCCUGCUGCUCUCCAACAGCAGCUACUGGAGCUCUAUGACAAGGAGGCCUUACCUAUGGAUGUCCGGCACUACCUGGCUGCAUGGAUAGAGAAUCAGGAGUGGCAGCGAGCAGCGACGGACUACAACUUGGCUGUGGUGCUGUUACAGGUUCUGCUGGAUAAUCUGGAUAUCCAACACAGCCGCUUUGUCCAGGAGGAGUCAUUCUUACUGCAGCACAACAUCAGACGCUACAAACAGAACUUUCAGAAGUACCUCAAAGACCCGUGUGACUUGGCAAGCACAAUCCUGUGGUUUUUGCAAAAAGAGAAGGAAAUCCUGCAGAGUGCGGAUCUGAUCAAACAGGUCCAGCUUUUGCAAGUGGCGCCGGAAAUCAUGGAGAUAAGCAGCCAACAGGACCUUGAACGUAAAAUGGCAGGCCUAAGGAAUGAACUGCAGUGCAUGGAACAUACAAUAGUAUGUCUGGAGGAGCAGCAAGAUGAGUUUGAUUUUAAAUACCAAACCCACAAAAUGGAAGCUGUUGCAAAUGAAGCCAUGAAGAAUGCUCAAAUCAAAAAUCUUCAGUCGCUUGUCAAUAAACUAGAUGAGUGUAGAAAGAGCACACUGUCAGACCUAAAUAAGAUCCUGGACAGAGCUGAAGACCUGAUCGACAUACUGGUGAAAAAGGAGCUGGUGGAGUGGCAGAGGAGGCAGCAGAAAUCCUGCAUUGGUGCACCAGACGAUGUUUGCCUGGAUCAGCUGGAGAAGUGGUUCACCUGUGUGGCAGUGUGUUUGUUCCAGGUGCGGGAGUUUCUUAGUAAGCUGGAGGAGCUCAUGGGCAAAGUGUCCUAUGAAAAUGACCCUGUGAAGGCCCAGAAACCUGCACUGCAGUUGAGAGCAGAUACUCUCCUCAACAACUUACUCAAAAGUUCCUUUGUGGUUGAGACGCAGCCAUCCAUGCCUCAGGGUAAAGGACCUCUGGUUCUUCGCACAAAUGUCCAGUUCUCUGCCAAGACCAGACUUCUGGUUAAGUUUCCUGAGCUGAACCACUCCAUGAAAGUAAAUGUUUCCAAGGAGAGGGAAUCUCCCCAAAUCAAAGGAUACCGUCGUUUCAAUGUCCUGGGGACCAAAACAAAGGCUUUGAACAUGGUAGAGAGCCAGAGUGGAGGCAUGGUGGCUGACUUCAGACAUCUGACUUUGAAGGAGCAGAAGUCUGGAGGCAGCGGCAAAGGAGUCAGUGAUAUUCCUCUCUCUGUCACAGAAGAGCUGCAUGUCAUCUACUUUGACACUGUCUUCGAGCUGAAAGGCUUGUCAGUUCAGUUGCAGGCCUCCUCCCUCCCGGUUGUCAUCAUCUCCAACUCCAGCCAGCAGCAGAGUGCCUGGUCUUCUGUCCUCUGGUUCAACAUGCUCAGUCAAGACCCCAAGGACAUCAAGUUCUUUGCCAACUGUCCUACAGCCACAUGGCCACAGUUCGGAGAGAUGUUGAGCUGGCAGUUUCUCUCUGCCACUAAACUUGGUCUGAAUGAUACUCAGCUGGAAAUGAUCGCUUACAAACUCUUUGGAAAGCAGCUGAAUUAUGACAACUGCAAAGUGGGUUGGUCAAAAUUCAGCAAGGAGAAUAGUCCAGACACUUUCUGGAUGUGGUUUGAUGGCAUCUUGGUGAUGGUGAAAACAUACCUCGAGGACCUGUGGAGGGAUGGACUCAUCAUGGGUUUUGUGAGCAAAGGCAAAGAGCAGUCUCUCCUGAAGAAAAAACAGAGGGGCACGUUCUUGUUGCGCUUUAGUGACAGUGUCAUUGGAGGAAUCACUUUCUCCUGGGUGGAAAUCACUGGAAAUGGUCAGCCUUAUGUGAAGACAGUCCAACCCUUCACCAAAGAUGACCUCAAACAGAUCCCCUUCCAAGAAAUCAUCAGGAAUUUUCAGAUCCUAGAGGCUGAUAACAUCCCAGAAAAUCCUCUUCUCUAUCUGUAUCCGAACAUCCCUAAAGAAGAGGCCUUUGGAAAAUACUACUCUGAGAAGAGUGGAGACAAUAGUCUUUACAUCAAGUACAUCAAAACCAAGCUGAUGUUUGUUUCAAAGGAGAACACACUGGAGACUAGGCCACCCAUGUCCUCUGACAUGGCACAGGGUGAAGGCCUGGAGGCUGGAGAGGCAGCUGAACAAAACGUGAAUCUUCUUCCUCUUGAUUCGCACAUGGAAACCCAUCAGUCUGAUCCUAUGCUGUCUGACUUGGUCCCGCAGGAGGAUUUGAUGCAGUUUUUCUCUGAAUCGAGCGUCUUUGAAUACGACCCAGGGAUGCCAGAGUUCACACUUCAAGAAUUGAUUUGCUUGUCCCCAUAAUCCUGUGGUAUCAUUUUCCAAAAAGCACCUGUUAUCUGUAUUUAACCAAACCAUCACUCAUCAUCUGAUUUACUCUCAACUCAGCCUUUAACUCAGCAGUAGACAUAGCAAAUCCACAGUUAACAAGUAGUUUACUUUAGAUACUGUUUUCAUUUGAAAUACUACUUUUCAUAAUCCUGAGAAAAGAGUAGCUUUUUAGAAUAAAAUAUUUAUAAUUUAUUUGAUCAUCUUUAUUGUUGUUGGAAGCUAUUGUAAGGACACAGAGGAUAUAAUUUAGUUAACUCACUGCAUUAGUCUAUCAAGCACCUGCACUAGACCCCUCCAAUUAUGGAAAAUGUUGGAUUCAGGGUCCCUUUUUAUUUUAAGACAGCUGAAGAAUGCUAGAAAACUGAAGGUUUAAUUGUUUUAAGACCAUCUGUGUUUGUUUUAAUGUUGCAGAAUCGUUAUAAAACUGCUUUUAUAUUAACCGGCUCAUUUAAGUCAAAAUAAAGGUUACUGGCAAUACUA